AUGUUCCGCAACGUUUUCCGCGCGGCUUCCGCCCUCCAAAAAUUGUCCGCUUCCGGACAAAUCCGUCAAUUCCAAACCUCGACAUUGGCAAUGGCUUUGAGACCAUUGGGACCCAAAAAUCAAGUGCCCGAAUUUAAAGGAACAGCUGUUGUUGAUGGAGAUUUUAAGGUGAGAAGCUGAAAAUUUGAAAAAUUCAUGAUUUUUGAGCAAAAAUGACCUAGAAAUGGUGAAAUUUGGAUUUCUAGGCCAUAUUUAAGCUUCUGAGCCUAAAAAUGACCUAGAAAUGGUGAAAUUUGGAUUUCUAGGCCAUAUUUAAGCUUCUGAGCCUAAAAAUGACCUAGAAAUGGUGAAAUUUGGAUUUCUAGGCCAUGGUUAAGCUUCUGAGCUCAAAAAUGACCUAGAAAUGGUUAAAUUUGGAUUUCUAGGCCAUUUUUAAGCUUCUGAGCCUAAAAAUGACCUAGAAAUGGUGAAAUUUGGAUUUAUAGGCUGUUUUUUAAGCUUCUGAGCCUAAAAAUGACCUAGAAAUGUUAAAAUUUGGAUUUCUAGGUCAUAGUUAAGCUUCUGAACCAAAAAUGGCCUAGAAAUGGUGAAAUUUGGAUUUCUAGGUCAUAGUUAAGCUUCUGAGCCCAAAAAUGGCCUAGAAAUGGUGAAAUUUGGAUUUCUAGGCCAUAUUUAAGCUUCUGAGCCCAAAAAUGACCUAGAAAUGGUGAAAUUUGGAUUUCUAGGCCAUAUUUUAGCUUCUGAGUCCAAAAAUGGCCUAGAAAUAGUGAAAUUUGGAUUUCUAGGCCAUAUUUAAGCUUCUGAGCUCAAAAAUGACCUAGAAAUGGUGAAAUUUGGAUUUCUAGCUCAUAUUUAAGCUUCUGAGCUCAAAAAUGACCUAGAAAUGGUGAAAUUUGGAUUUCUAGGCCAUAUUGAAGCUUUUGAGCCUAAAAAUGACCUAGAAAUGGGGAAAAUUUGGAUUUCUAGGCCAUUUUUUAAGAUUUCUCAGCCCAAAAAUGGCCUAGAAAUGGUGAAAUUUGGAUUUCUAGGCCAUAGUUAAGCUUCUGAGCCCAAAAAUGACCUAAAAAUCCAAAUUUUUCGAUUUCUAGGCCAUAUUUGAGCUUCUGAACCCAAAAAUGACCUGGAAAUGGUGGAAUUUGGAUUUCUAGGCCAUAUUUAAGCUUCUGAGCCUAAAAAUGACCUAGAAAUGAUGAAAUUUGGAUUUCUAGGCCAUAUUUAAGCUUCUGAGCCUAAAAAUGACCUAGAAAUGGUGAAAUUUGGAUUUCUAGGCCAUUUUUAAGCUUCUGAGCCUAAAAAUGGCCUAGAAAUCCAAAUUUUCCUCCCAAGUUAGCCUAAAUUCAUCCAAAUUCAUUCAAGGUCAUUCAACAAUCCGACUACAAAGGCAAAUGGCUUCUCCUCUUCUUCUACCCACUCGAUUUCACCUUCGUCUGCCCCACCGAAAUCAUUGCAUUCGGCGAUCGCGCAAAAGAAUUUCGAGCUCUCGGAGCCGAAGUUGUCGCGUGCUCUUGUGAUUCGCAUUUCUCGCAUUUGGCAUGGAUUAAUACACCGAGAAAAGAUGGAGGAUUGGGCGAAAUGGACAUUCCGAUUUUGGCCGAUUUUAAUAAGAAAAUUGCGGAGAGCUUUGGAGUUUUGGAUACGGUUGGUGGUUUUUGGAGCAUUUUGAGCCAAAUUUUGGGAUUUUCUGAGCCCAGAUAAGCUCAGGGAGCAUUUUGAGCAAAAAUUCGGGAUUUUCUGAGCCCAGAUAAGCUCAGGGAGCAUUUUGAGCCAAAUUUCGAGAUUUUCUGAGCCCAGAUAUGCUCAGGGAGCAUUUUGAGCAAAAAUUAAAGAUUUUUGAGCAAAAAUUACGAAUUUUGAGCUAGAAUUUGAGUUUUUUGAGCCCCAAAAAGCUCCAGACCAAAAUUUGGAGCAUUUUGAGCCAAAUUUGGGGAUUUUUGAGCAAAAAUUCGGGAUUUUCUGAGCCCAGAUGUGCUCGGGGAACUUUUUGAGCAAAAAUUCGGGAUUUUCUGAGCCCAAAUAAGCUCAGGGAACUUUUUGAGCAAAAAUUCGAGAUUUUUGAGCAAAAAUUUCGAAUUUUGAGCUAGAAUUUGAGUUUUUUGAGCCCCAAAAAGCUCCAGAUCAAAAUUUGCUCGAGAAAAUUGAUUUUUAAUGACAAAAAUUUAAAAAUUUAACCCUAAGCCUUAUUUUCGGCCCGAAAAAGCCCAAAAUUCCGAAUUUCAGGAAUCCGGUUUGGCGUUCCGCGGUUUGUUCUUGAUCGAUCCAAACGGUCAAAUUCGCCACACAACUUGCAAUGAUUUGCCAGUCGGAAGAAGUGUUGAUGAAGCUUUGAGAGUGUUGAAGGCAUUCCAAUUUUCGGAUAAACAUGGAGAAGUGAGCAUUUUUGGAGCAUUUUGAGCACAAAUUUGGGAAAAAAUGGUGGAUUUUGAGCCCGGAUAAGCUCAGGGAGCUUUUUUGAGCCAAAAUUUGGGAUUUUCUGAGCCCAGAUAAGCUCGGGGAGCUGAAAUUCCAGAUUUUUGAGCUAAAAUUGAUGAAAUUCUUAAAAUCUGGCUCAAAAUAUUCAGAUUUCCAUGAAUUUUGAGCUGAAAAUGCAUCGUUUCAGUUAAAUUUAACCUAUAAAUUUGAAAAUUAGCUGAAAAUCUGAAAAUUUUUGAUUUUCGAGGCCAUUUUAUGGCUAAAAAUUUGAAAAAUUCGAAAUUUUCCUGAAUUUCAGUUAAAAAAACCUGAAAUUUUCAAGUUUUUCAGCAAAAUUUGGCUGAAAAUCCGAAAUUUUCCAGCCAAAAAAUCGCUGAAAUUAAUUUUAGGUCUGCCCAGCUGAUUGGCACGAGGAUUCACCAACAAUCAAACCAGGAGUCACUUCCAGCAAAGAAUAUUUCAACAAAGUCAACAAAUAG